AUGCUUGCUCGCAGUCUCUGGGGCCUCGCCCUGUCCGCCUCUAUGGGAUUGGCCGGACUCACGAAUACACUGAAUCUCCAGACACAAACAGCCAUCCAGUGCACUACCAAGAAGACGAGCGUCUCGGUCAAGAACGUGCCAACCUCGACAAAGACAUUGCAGCCAGCACCUCAGAUUGUUCUUGCAACAGUGGUUUCGCACCCAAUCAAAACCGUCACACCGGCGGCUAUCACCAAGUCGAGCACAAAGUACGUCACCAGCACGGUUACGACAACAGCCUCCGAGGAGACAGACACAUUUUCAACCACGACAACUUCCGUCGUCACUACCACCGUGACCUCGACUGAGGCAUACACUACUACGACGGCAACAACAAUAUCCACCACAUCCACCUCGACCUCUACCAUUGCUGCAACGGCCUCUAUUGUCCCUGUGGACCAGACGGUCGUAGCCGCCAACUCCAAAAGGGACCUGAUCAAGCUUCCGGGUCGUUCUAUGCCCAUGCCACGGGCCAAGGCUGCAUCCAAGAACACGUGCCCUCUCUUCAACGACAAGUUUGCCGCCUCUGUAUCAUGUAUUAAAUCGGUUACAGUCAAGUACGUCAAGCAAAUCAUCGUUGUCGGUAGCUCCAUCACGGUGACGCUGCGGCCUCGUGUGACUACCGUCGUGGUCACCUCAACGUUGACGUCGACGUCGACGGUUCCAGCAGUUGCCGCAUCCACCACCCUGACGUUCUCCGAGACAUCCACGUCGACUGUCGCUUCCACCUUGACCACGACGGCCACCACAACAUCGACGGCGACCGAGGUUGCCACGGCCACGGCGACCUUCUACGCGGCCUGCGGCGACGAUAACAUCAUCGGACCCAAGGGCCCCAACGGCGGGUACCUGGGUGACGUGUACCGUUCCGGCUCGGGCAGUUAUGUGUCGGCGUCGGCCAGCUCAAACUAUGAGUGCUGCGUCAAGUGCCUCACCUCGUCCACAUGCCAGUACUCGGUCUUCUACCAGGGCUCUUCUUGCCUCAUGGCCCAGGGCACUCAGUGCAGCGCCACGUUCCAAGCGGGCACCGUGUACGAGACCAAUGCCCAGAACCAGUACAACCCUCUGUACCUGUCAAACGGCUACUGUGGACAGGUGAUUGAUGGUGGGAUCGACGACUCGCUGGGUAGUUAA